UAGCCGGUUAUGUUCGUUAUGACUGACGAUUUUAAAAAUGUCGAACUAUCGUCUUGCAGUAAUUUUUGCAGUUAGUUAUUUUAUUUUACAGCCGACAAAUUCGUCAUCAAUUCUUAACACAAUAAAGAUGAAACUCUACUUGAGGGAACCGGAACCUAAUAAACUUUCUAAUGAUCCUUAUCGAAAUUCUUAUAAAGAAGUGUAUCUUGGACAAGCGGCAGAACUUCUUCAAUUCAUGGAUUUGCAAGAGAUCACAUUGAUACACUUUCAUGGUUACAUACAAUCAACAGAUACAAACGAUGUUGUUGACCUAAUGCAAGGUUAUUUAGUUGGUACUAAUUAUAAUGUCAUCGCAGUAGAUUAUAGGGAUAUCACAAAUCUUGACUAUCUUGAGGCAGUUCUUCUUGUCGAUGGUGUAGCUACAGUUAUGGUCCAAACUAUAUACGAUAUGGUCGCGGGUGGAAUGAAUGAAACUAAAUUAAUACUCUCUGGAUUUUCGAUGGGUUCUCAAGUUUGCGGCUUCAUUGGGCGCAAACUAUCUUUCCAACUUUCAAAGAUAAUAGCUGGGGAUCCUGCCGGAAGUGGGUUUUAUGUUCUCGAGCCAUCGAUAUCUGCUUCAGACGCGCUUUGUGUUCAAUGUAUCCAUACUGAUAUGGGUUGGUAUGGACAUACGGGACCCUGCGGUCACUUAGACUUCUAUCCAAAUGGCGGAGUUAGGCAGCAGCCUGGUUGUCCAGAGUCGUUUGAUUGCAUGAUACUAAUCCAUGGAGGACACACUCCUUUAUGCUCAUUUGGUGAACUUAUAAGCGCAUGCAGUCAUAACAGGGCUGACAAAUACAUGGCAGAAGCUGCGAGGCACUCGGAGGCAUUCCCUAGUGUAGAAUGUAAUAGUUGGGACGACUUUAUCCAUGGCAAAUGUGAUCGGAAUGUUACAAUACCUAUGGGAUACGCUGCACCAUGCUCUGUUACGGGCAAAUUCUAUCUCCAAACAAAUAGUAGGUCUCCGUUUUCGAGGGGAUUGAAUGGUACAGCCUAUGAAGACUAUGUUAUACGUCCGUUAAGGAAAUAGACGACAGGGCAAAGCUGCGAGCCGAACGGCCAAUACUGGAGCACGAAGAGACUAAAGAAACUAGGUGGCACACAGAAGAAAGCCAUCAGGAUAUCCCCGACUGCGAGAUUCACAAUGAAAAAAUUUGUGACAGUUUGCAUUCGUUUGUUACUGUGUACGACGUAGCAAACAAGACCGUUGCCCGUCAUCGCGAUCACGAAGACGCUACCAUAGAAGAAAUAAAUGAUGCACUUGAACCAGCUCACCAAGAAAAUGCUAUAUAUUCCGCUGAAAUAGUUGCAACUAAUUUCAACUUCGUAUGGUGUCGAGUUUGUGCCAUUGAAGAUCUGCACGAUGUGCACGGUGUAGUUUUCGUACCCGUAGCUCAUGUUGCGGUUCGUCUUUCACAGCAUCUAGACCUAACAAUAAAAUCAUCACAAAGUCAUUAUAUUAU